AUGGAACGGAAGCUGGAGACAAGCAGAGAAAUCCUGUCCAAACCGCGAGAGGAGAGGUGGUUACGUAAUCGUUGCCUGACAUACUGCGGCAAAUUCCGCGAGAACUAUGCAGUUUCAAGCCACCCGUCAGCAAGUUUCCCACCCACCGACUACGACACCGAUAUCGACAGUACCCGCGGCGCCGGCCUCAACAGCAAGAACCCCCUCAAGGCCUUUUUCCAGAUUGUGAGUCUGUCUUUACGCGCGGAAGGAGGUCUCCCGUUCUAG